GAAGGAAACACACAGCGCCGUGGACAGUCCGUGCGCUGCUGGCUUCGCACGCCAUCUUACACACUGAGGAUUUAAACCGGGCAAAAACAGGAAAAACAGACACCAACAACAUCACCGCUUCGUCUGUCAUCUAUCUUAAAAUAUCCGGACACUUUGGAGGCGACUUGAUCAUGACUUAAGACUCCGUAAACGUUAAAAACAGCGAUAAAAACGACGAGGAACUGCAUAGCCUCCAAGGAGCUCAAGGCUAGCUAGGGGGAGGGGUCGAUCUCUUUUUUUUCUGCAGCUGAAGUUGUUUGUUUAUGUUAUUCCACACGGAUAUGUCUUCAUCAAACCCCGAUUUACCAGACAUGGGGGGGAGUGGGACCCAGGCGAGUGGAGCUGUCGUCCCCAAGGGAGCGAACAAGAGGCGGGCAGCGCCUGACUUUGAUGACGACGAGGGAAGCAAGUUGUUUAGAUGUGACGAUGAUACUUCAGGCUCCAACAACGACAAAGAGCGCUUUGCAAGGGAGAACCACAGCGAAAUUGAAAGGCGGAGGAGAAACAAGAUGACAGCGUAUAUCACAGAGUUAUCAGACAUGGUGCCAACCUGCAGCGCUUUGGCGAGAAAACCCGACAAACUGACGAUUCUCCGGAUGGCUGUGUCCCACAUGAAGUCUUUGAGAGGCAGUGGAAGCACCAAUGCAGAUGGGUCCUAUAAGCCCUCAUUUCUCACUGAUCAGGAACUCAAGCACCUUAUUUUGGAGGCAGCAGAUGGCUUCCUCUUUGUGGUGUCCUGUGAGACCGGGCGUAUCGUGUAUGUGUCAGAUUCUCUCACCCCCGUCCUGAACCAGGCUCAAAGCGACUGGCUGGGCUCCUCUCUGUACGAUCAGCUGCACCCUGAUGACAUGGACAAGCUGAGAGAGCAACUGUCCACUGCAGAGAACAACAACACAGGAAGGAUGUUGGAUCUGAAAACAGGAACAGUGAAAAAGGAAAGCCAGCAAUCUUCAGCCAGAAUGACGAUGGGAGCGCGGCGAUCUUUUAUCUGCAGAAUGAGGUGUGGUAACUGUCCUGUGGAGCCCAUGUCAAUGAACAGACUCAACUUUUUAAGAAAUCGAAAUAGGAAUGGUUUGGGAGCAGCCAAAGAAGGAGAGCCUCAUUAUGUUGUAGUUCACUGCACAGGAUACAUCAAAUCCUGGCCCCCUGCUGGAGUUUCGCUAACAGAUGAAGAGGCGGAUAAUAAUCAGGGGAGUCGCUACUGUCUUGUUGCCAUUGGAAGAUUACAGGUGACAUGUUGUCCAGGAGACACUGAUAUCAGUAACAUCUCCGCUCCAGUGGAGUUUAUUUCGCGGCACAACUGUCAAGGUGUUUUUACAUUUGUGGACCAUCGGUGCAUGGCUGCCAUCGGUUACCAGCCCCAGGAUUUACUGGGAAAGAAUAUUCUGGAGAUGGCACAUCCAGAGGACCAGGGUUUAAUUAGAGAUAGUUUUCAACAGGUUUUGAAGCUGAAGGGCCAGGUCCUGUCUGUGAUGUUCAGGUUUCGCGCCAAAUCGAGAGAGUGGAUUUGGAUGAGAACGAGCUCUUUUACAUUUCAAAACCCUUUUUCAGAGGAGAUCGAAUACAUCAUCUGCACCAAUGUCAAUGUCAAGCAGUUACAGCAGCAGCAACAGACGGAGCUUGACGGAGGAGGAAGCAGAGAUGGUUUAUACGAGGCAGGACAGGUCCCUCUAUCACAGAUUCCUGUACAGCCGGUAACAGCAGCAGCUCCAGACCACAGUAAGAGCCUGGAGAAGACAGAACUCUUCUCGCCCAUGUUCCAUAGCCCGGAGCAGAACAAAGUCCUGCCCACCCCCUCUGCACCCCCCAACCAGAUCUACCCCCCGUCUAACAACUACCCCGCACAGCGUCCUGAAGCCUACAAUCGUCCUGUGAGCAUGCCCCCGCAGAUGGCACCGCAGCCGCACUCAGCAGGGCAGAUGUUGGCUCAGAUUUCUCGUCAGAAUGGGCCCCCUCAGACUGUGGCCCCCGGGAAUACCACCCCGGGAGGGUGGCCUGCCCCAGCUGCUGGAGCCAGACCGCAGUUCAAUAACCCUCAGAAAGUGGCUCCACAAGCAGCAAAGACCAUGCCCCCACAGUUUGCUCCCAUUGGAGGAUUUUCAAAUACUUUUAACCAGAUGCCCACCGGGACUGCUCCUACCCAGAACAACAGCGCCCCCUACCCUUCUAUGAACCCACGCGCAACCAUCAACAACAACGGUUACGAUGGCUCCCAGUCCGGACCGCAGUUCCCUUCUCGAGCAGCAGAGGCAGUGUGGCCCCAGUGGCAGGGUCAGCAACACCCACAGGGCAACGCAGAGCAGCACCCGCACGCUCAGGGCAACCAGCAAGAUAUGUUUCCUGAUGUACUGUCAAUGCUGGACCAGCCUACCAACUUCAACAGCGAUGACUUUGAGAUCCCCAUGUACUCUUCAUUUAACGAGUGACAUUAGAAACACUUUUUCUGGUAUUUCUACUCAACGUUUGAGCCCUCACUCUUCCAUAUUUAAUUUAAUGCUUCCUACAAUCCCUCAGAACCGUCUUCUUCUGCUUUGCAUGGCUUGUAUUGCACUGCCAUCUACAGUCACAAAGGGAGAACAAUCCAGGAAGCGCUACUGACAUUUUAACCAUGAGAUUACCCGACUAGCACUGCCCAAAGCUCCAAUACCUGUUUUUAUUUAAUUUAUGAACGCACAAUCACUACUAAACUACACUUGAACUUCCUGCACACGCACACUUUUCUGCUUGGUCCAAAACACACAAGGCCUUUACUCUGUUGUUUCAGGUUUUUCUCAGGCUUAAGUCAUUACUGUCAUUUGGUGAAUAGUUGUACACCAGUUUGGGCCGCACAAUAUAUUUCUGUCUGUGUCAGUAUUGCAGGAUUGGUUAACACAGUUUACAUAUCGCAAUAAGAUUGAUGUAUUUUAAAGACGCUGAGGUUUUCAUUUGACAUUUACUGUUAAAAUGUUAAAGAUGAACUAUGGAACUUUCUUGUCUCCAUGGAGAUGUUAUUGCUUUGCCUGAAAUGUUCUAUGUGUCUACUGUGCAUUUACUCAAUUACAGGUGCUUUUUUUUGCUCUAAAAUAUCAUUACUACUCAUUACUACUCAUCAUUACUUGCUGUCAGCCGGCUCACCUCCAGAUCUGACCUGUCUCCAUGGAAAUAGAUCAAUUAAAUGCUACACUGUGGAACAUUCAGUUAAAGUAAAGCAGGUGGCAGACCUUUCACCAGAAAAUUGACAUAGUGCAUCAAAACAGAGCUUAAAAAAUAUAAAUUUAAAAAUCACAACAUCAUCAAUUAUCAGAUUUUUGUCUCGUAUUGUGCAGCCCGAACUCCAGUAGUUUUAAUUUAUACUCUCAGGAAACUGCAGAGCGCACAAACAAUGCACAACUGUCCUCACUAAUGCCCCUUUUGUUUGACUGGCCUGAGCUGAAGAUGCUGUUUUUCACAUUUACUCUGGCUACAGUUUGUUUUGGUGGACCUAUUUCAGUCGUGUUAAUUUACCUCCUAAAGAAUGUGUAAUAAUUAAAACUAUGUGCUUUAACACAGUCGUUCUCAACUGGUGGAACAAGCCUCAAAAGCAGACAGAUAGUGAAGAUGACCAAGCUUGUAAUGUAAAAAACUUAUUGUGAUGAAGUAAAAAGCGGUUAAAAAGCCCUGAGGCACUCUUUUGUAAUAAAAAAAAAAAGUUCUUUAAUGGUUACAUGGGACAAGUCAAUGUGUUUCUACGUCGGUUUUUGUAAGUUUUUACAUUACAAUCAUGGUCAUCUUCACUAUAUGUGUAAUUUAUACAACAUUUUGACCCUGUUACAGAAAAAAAAAACAUUCACAACAACAAAAAUAUGAAUGAGUUUAGUCUAUUUAAUCAUCAUAAUAAGGUGGACAAUCCAAUUUUUUUUUUUGGCAAAACUCAAUCCCCAUGUACUAAUGGAUUGACAAAAACUAAAGACAAUCAAAAGUAGAUACUUAUUUGAACUGCUAUCAGUAAUAAGAUUAAACAUUAACAUAAUAUAUAUGUUACAAUAGGGUCAAGAGUUUUAGACUGGUCUUAAUUUGUCCAUGUGUUUCAAAAUGAUGACAAAUAAGUUAAAAUGAGAUAAAAUAUAUCUUUAAUACAGCUAAAAUGUUGCUGUAGUGUUGCAAAAAUGUGGAAAUCCAAGAAUAUCAGGACCGCAUAAAUUACAUUAUAUUAAUUUUAUAAUAUUGUGGUUUCAAAAUUGGUAGUAAGCUGCAGUCCCGACCCACCAGCUGAGAACCACUGCUCUAACAUACACUAGUGUUUGCUCUGCCUGUGCUGUUUGUCAUAGUACUCGAUAUGUUUUUCACUUAAAGGUACACUAUGUAACAUUUCUAGAAGAGGGCUUGUCAUCUGCUUUUUUUCAACAAACAGCUUUGCCUCAAAUGUCCCACAGUAUUGCAUUAAUGUUACAUAGUGUACCUUUAAACUACAAGGAUAUAAGUAGUGACUGUGCAAGUAAAAUGGAUGCUUAUUUGACAUUGAGUGGGGGUCAGACUUUUCUUCUUCUAACGCUAAAUCACCCUGUACCAAGUAUGGGACUAUUGCAAGAAAUUUAAUAAGCAAUAAUUAACAAGCAGGAAACGCGUACUUUUAAAGCCAUUCUUUAUUGUGUUUUUAAUGUUAUUUUAAUAAUAUUCUGGUUUUGUGUAGUAAUGUUUCAAUUUUAAUUUUAUGUUGCCCUUUUUACAAUUGGUAUUUAAUGGAUGGUCUAAUCAGGGUAUUCAGGAUUUAAAUGGAAUUGUCUGAGGUAAAACAGUUGUGUUUUUCCGGUUGUUUAAACGGUCAAUAUUACGCGGUUUUCUGAUCUGUGUUAUAAUCUUGUUUCCCUCAUCAAAAACAAACCUGGACUGGAGUUGUGUUUCGUUUCAUUUACAUGUUUAACACUCAAACCUUGCAUGUUCAGGAUGAGCUCUUCUCUCAAACAGAAAACACAUCAAUCAACUUUAUUUUUAGAGCGCUUUUCAUACAAAAAACGCAACACAAAGUGCACAUAAAGGAUUACUCAAACGUAUGAAUAAAACAACACAACUCCAGGUGUGUUUUUUGAGAAGGUAACAACAUUCUAACAUGGCUUGAAGCUCAAAAGAAUAUUUUGAGUAAUAUUGGACCUUUAAAAAAAAUAAUUGUUCUUUUGUAUAAACUUGUCUUUGAUUGAGACCUAGCCAUAAUUUUCCAGCGAGUUUUCUAAUCAAUUUGUAUUAUAAUUGUUGGAGUUUAAUUUUGAAUUGUAAAAUUGUGUGUGGCACUUGCACACUUGUGAUGACAAAUCAUGAAAAUAUGUUUGUAACUGUCCACUUUUCUCCACUUUGUUUUGGAGGCUGCUUUGGUAUCUCUAUAUAUCCUUUUCUUUUCAUUGAUGUCAACCUUUAUCACACAAAUAUAAUAUACUGUAUAUGUUAAAGAAAUGUAAGAAGAGUUGUCUGUUUUUGUAUUAAAUUGUUACAUUGUUAAAUGUG